AAAACAUUAUCCGUUACUUGAUUUCGCUCGCUCUGCAAUCUGCGUGCCCGAGACUGAUGAGAACGCCUCAUAAUCAUCACAAGCGGUACACUGGCAAUGCAUCAGAUUCAUGCUCUCUCACCUCAACCACUAAAGCCGCUACUCUCUGCGCUGUCGCGACGGCGUUGGCUCAACAAGACGCCGGCCCUACAUAAACCACCAAACCUGAAACGUCUCACCUUCCGCGUCGUUCAGCUCACUCGCCGUCGACAGCUCCACCAGAUUGUUGAGGAAAUAAAGAUUGCAAAGAGAAGAUAUGGCAAGCUGAACACCAUCGUAAUGAACGCAGUUUUGGAGGCUUGUGUUCAUUGCGGAGACAUUGAUUUGGCUCUUAAAUUCUUUGAUGACAUGUCACAGCCUGAGAGUUGCGGCGUUGAUAAUGUUACCUAUGGUACUCUAUUGAAGGGUUUGGGUGAGUCUCGAAGAAUUGAUGAAGCAUUUCAAAUACUAGAGGCAGUGGAGAAGGGUGCAGCCGUGGGAAGUCCAAAGCUGUCUGCACCACUUAUUUGUGGUCUGUUAAAUGCUCUAAUUGAAGCAGGAGAUCUACGCCGUGCUAAUGGUCUUCUUGCACGAUAUGGUUUUCUUCUUCGUGAAGGCGGCAAUCCUUCUGUCUUGUUGUACAAUCUUUUGAUGAAGGGACAUAUAAAUGCUGGCAGUCCUGAGGUUGUGUUAACUCUGCAUGAGGAGAUGUUGGAUUUAGGACUAGAGCCUGACAGGCUCACUUAUAACACUUUAAUCUUUGCUUGUGUCAAGUCUGAAAAGUUGGAUGUUGCGAUGUCCUUCUACGAGCAACUGAAGGAGAAAGCUCAGAAAUAUAGCUAUGAUAAUUUUCAUCCUGAUGUUUUCACUUACACUAUGUUACUCGAGGGCUUUGGGCAUGCCAAGGAUCUGCCUUCUGUUCUGAAAAUCAUGUUUGAGAUGAAAUCCUGUCAGAACUUGUUUAUUGAUCGAACUGCUUUCACUGCAAUAGUUGGUGCAUUACUGAAUUGUGGCUCAAUUAAAGGUGCUCUCUGUGUAUUUGGGGAAAUCGUAAAGCGGUCUGGUGCAAAUCCAAAGCUGCGGCCAAAACCUCACCUCUAUGUUUCUAUGAUGCGCAAAUUAGCUGCUAGAGGUGACUAUAUUAUGGUAAAAAAUCUUCAUAAACGCAUGUGGCCAGAUUCUGCAGGAACCAUAUCCUUGGCAGUUCAAGAGGAAGCUGAUCAUCUUCUCAUGGAGGCAGCUUUAAAUGAUGGUCAGGUUAAUGUGUCUAUAGACAAGCUUACCGAUAUCAUUACAAAAUGGAAAGGAAUAUCUUGGAGGAGCAGAGGAAGCAUGGUUGCUGUUCGCAUAGAGGCAUUAUUGGGAUUCACUAAAUCCAUGUUCAGUCCCUACCUACUUCCCCAGAUAUCACCCGAUGAACCAAUUGAGAAUCUCAUGAUGCCAUUUGAAGAAGCUCAGCCAUUACAAUGCACCACAGUCCUGCAGAAAGUGGUUAUGCGUUUCUUCAGGGAUCCAGUUGUGCCUAUUAUAGAUGACUGGGGGAGCUGUGUUGGACUACUGCACCGUGAAGAUUGCACUGAGUUGAAUGCCCCUCUUUCAGCCAUGAUGAGAAGUCCACCUCCUUGCGUUGCCGCCACAACUUCCAUCGGUCAUGUGGUUGAUCUAAUAUUGGAGAAGAGGUACAAGAUGGUUGUGGUAGUGAAACACAGCUCAAGAGCAGUUGGAGUUUUUACCAGUGAGCAAUUGUCAAAACUUGUUGCACCUAUUUCAGAGUUGCCAGGGGCAAGAACUUUAUGUCUGUAGAAGAUUUGUGCAACUAUUUUAGUUAAUUCAUCUUUACCAAUUAUAUUUUCAGUGGAGAUGGGUAGUUAUAUUGGAAUAACUGAAGAGGGAAACAAUGUUAAUGUCAACCAAAACCAUCCCUGGGUGGUCGGGUGACGAUAGAAGCUCUUGGGUAUAUAGUCUUGAGUUUAA